AACGCCCCACGACCCUGCCCAUCGGCAAACGUCUUUCUUCCGGAACACUACAUGCACAUAUCGCGGCUAUGGCAGACAACAAGACCACCGAGUACGUCACUCUCGUGUCCAACGACGGCUACGAAUUCAAGCUCCUCCGCUCCGCAGCCUGCAUAGCGGGCACCAUCAAGAAGGCGCUGGACCCCAUGUCCGGCUUCCGAGAGAACACACAGAAUCGCAUUGAUCUGCCCACCAUCAAUGGCGUUGUGCUAGAAAAAGUCUGCGAAUACCUUUAUUAUAACCAGAAGCACGCCGAAAGCAAGGACGUUUCUGAUAUGGACAUACCGCCAGAGCUGUGUUUGGAGCUGUUGAUUGCUGCGGAUUAUCUUGACGUAUGAGCGUAUCUUGGGAACUACUGAGCUACUACAGCCAGGCUCAAGGUUGCCUUUGGGAGGGCAACCAGCCGACUGAGACUCGUGGGGCGGAGUAUACAAGAGACGCCUACAGGGUCCAUCCGGUGGUGAUGUGUCUAGUAAUAAUUAUUCUAGGAUGUCGACAACGCUGAAGUAAUACUACUAAGCCAUCACUCUGAACAAGCGGGGAGGGAUCUCGUAGGCCCUCAGGGCGCGAGGAGGGGCGCAAGGUUUGGAGAGUUUGUUCAUUACAUGUACAUAUAUACUCUCAAUUACUACCUUGGAAAGAAAGCGCCUUUCUGUACGCA